AUGCACCUCAACCACGCCACUGCAAUGGCUAACUACCAACAUUACCCGCCACCGCAAAUAUCAACGCAUGGUGGCACGCCCACCACAGUGCAGCAGCAGACUACCAUAGCGACGGGCAGUACACCAUUUACAUUACAUCAAUUGACUGCUGUACAAGCUAUACAACAUCCAACGCAUCAGGCUAUGCUACACCCGCAACAUCCGCUGGUACAUCUACUUGAUAUUUCUACAACAAAUACACCGAAUCCAACACCAGUGCCGCCAACGAAAGUCGAGGUACCGGAACCCGAACCGAUUGAGGUGAAAGUCGAUGAUCCGCGCAAGAAGAAGGAAUGCCACGUCUGCAAGAAUAAAUUUCGACAGUUAACUACUUUGCGCAAUCAUAUGAAAAUCCAUACCGAUGAGCGGCCGUACAAGUGUAAGCAUUGCGAUCGAGCCUUCCGCCAAAUUUCAACGCUCACCAAUCAUGUGAAAAUUCAUACUGGCGAAAAACCGUUCACAUGCUCUAUAUGCGCAAAAGAUUUUCGCCAACAAAGUACACUAAUCAACCACAUCAAGACACAUAAAGAAUCGAGUACCCCAACCUCAUUGUUGAAUUAUCAGCCGGGUAAUAAACUAAAUCAUCGCAAUUCGAAAUUGGCUCAAAAUCAAAUGGUAGACUAUCAAAAUCGAUCAAUAACAAAAACCCUUUAUACUGGUAGCUACAGCUCACCGCAGGCCGAAGAGCUGGUCAAACCGUAUCAGUGCAAUGUAUGCAAAAGACGUUUCCCACAACUAAGUACACUACAUAACCAUGAGCGGACACACAUCGAUCCUAAGCCGUAUAAGUGUGACACAUGUGACAAGUCCUUCAGUCAACUGGCCACUUUAACCAAUCACAAAAAGAUCCAUACCGGUGAUAAGCCAUAUGCCUGUUCCUUUUGUUCCAUGCAAUUUCGACAGCAGAGUACUCUAACCAACCACAUGAAGACACACACCACAGCCGCCAGCAAUACGAAUGCAGUGCCAACCACAACAACAACAAUGGCAGCACCACACGGACUCAACCAUAUGACCACAUCAAGUCUUGUAGCACAUGGAGAACAUCCACCACUCAAUAACAUGGUACAUCAACAAUUGCAAGCCGAACAUCCACUUUUGCAUUUUCUCGAUAGCAACACCACAGUUAGCACCAUUGCGAAGGAGCCAUUCAAUCCCAACACCAGUCGUCGUUUCAAAAACGAGGCCGAUAGCUUAAUGCUGGAGAGUCCGGACCGCCCAUUUCCAUGCGCCAUUUGCCGAAAGGCCUUCUCACAACAAAGCACUUUGGCUAACCACAUUAAGACGCACACCGGCGAAAAGCCAUAUAAAUGCAAAGUAUGCGAGUCGAACUUUCGACAACUGUCCACCUUGAAUAAUCAUUUAAAGAUACAUACUGGCGAAAAGCCCUACAGCUGUUCCUAUUGCCCUAAGCAAUUCCGGCAGAAAAGCACUCUCAUUAAUCAUGUCAGAAUUCACAAUUGUUAAAAUGGCCAUGCAAAUAAUUAUCCAAUAAUAAGCAUAACGACGUUGGUGGAUCAAAAGCUAUAUGCAGUAAUAAUAAUAGUAAUAGAUGUAUUGGCUAACUAGCCCAAUUGGAAAGUUGGAAAUAGCAGAUAACAAUAACAAUAACCCACACAACCAAUAAAGAUAGAUAUAAAUCGCAUUAUCAGCAUACCCACCACACUUGGUACCAUAGGUGGUAGAAACAAUGGAAGUAAACAAACACCAUUGUUAUUUCGGUGUUCAAUAACUAUAACCAGCUGCUAAACGUAAUGAGUUACCUACCUGCUGUGCAAUAUGUAUUGUCCAUGUAAAUUUAUUAUAUACUAAAGAGCUGCUUGAGUAAGUGCGAAUGCGUAUGACAACAACAGCAACGCAGAUUUAAGGAAAGUUUCGUUAUGGCUUAAAAUCAUUCUGUAUGCCAUAAAAUAUAGGGAUGUGGCAAUAGUAAAUGUUAGUAUUUCGUGGUAAAAAUUUCACUACUCUGAUUUGUCCUUUGAGGUUAAGUAAUUGAUUUUGAUUUGCAGUUUCCACCGUGAAAAUAUUUUAUGUCUACCGUUAUUUACAAUAAUGUUUGACAGUUCAUUUUGAGUUAACUGUACUACUUCCAGGUUUUUAGAAUUCCAGUGAAAACAUUUGUGACAAUUGCUUUAAUUCUGAAGACAUGUUGAAUCUCGUUUAGGAAAUAAUUUAGCAAAAUGUUAAAAAUUUAAAAUAUUUAAAAUUUUUCAUUUCUAUUCUGUUUAGUCCACAAUAGUUUGUUUAUAAUCAUAAUUUUUAUGAAUACAAAGUUAGCGAAAAAUCAUAGAAGUCGUAAGCUACUCGGCACCACACUCAAAAUUUGAGUUAGUCAAGAGCUUUGAGCAUCGCAAAUCCUUUGUUAAAUUCUUUAUGUAAUAUUUGACAUCAUAUUUUACGUUUUAGUUGUCCGCAGCACUAAAAGUGAAGUUAAUUCAUAACCAAAACACGGAAAUAAUAUACCCAGCAAGCCUACUCGAAACUCCAAUGAAAAUAUUUCAUGGAACCAAUAAAUACACACAUUGCAAUUCAUUGACCAGAAUAUUAAGAAAGCGAUCACACGUUCACAAGAGUUUCGGUUAGUGCUCUCAAUUCGCUCUUAAUAAACUCAUUGAAACUUUAAAAGUAAUACCUGGUAAUUAACCAGAAGCUGACUUGCAGGGUAAAAAUGCAGUUUCAAAAUUUUCCAAAUUAUGUGGAAAAAGAUUCGGCUAUUCCGUUAAACUUGCUAUAUAUUUCAAUAAUAAUGUAGAUAAUAUGUUGGACACUCAGAGAUAUACUAUAAUGGAGAGGAAUUCUUAUAAUAAAAGUAGACGCCGACGAAACUACGAACCCUGUAAUUUGUAGAAAAUGAGAGGACAGAGCUUAGUGAUUAAAUACAUUUUAAAUGGUUUAUUUUUAAAUAUUUCAAAGUUGAUUUUAAACAUUUCGAGAUUGGUUUUAAAUAUUUCAAGUUUGAUUUAAAAUAUUUAAAUAAUUUAUUUUAAUGUUUCAUAGUUAAUUUAAGUAAAUCUUUAGCCAAAAUGGCUUGAUUUUUUCUUAAAAAAUGUUUUUGAUGUCAAAUCAAGUAGAAAGCUUGGAAAAAUUUGCUCAAUUGACAAAAGCAUUUUUCAGCAUAUUUAUGACGGUAAAUUUUCCUACAACAACUGAUUUUUCUGCGUUGCUAUGAAAAUAAAUAAUUUGGUUUUCGUGGUAAACUUCUGCGAAUUGCCGAAAAUGUUACAAUUUCCCUUACUCUCGCAAGUCUCUGCUAUAUAUACAUACACAUACAGGGUGUUCUCUUUUGUUUCAAAAAAAGUUCGCUUCUUGUUUGUGCGGAUGUUUUUGAGCGCAAAAAAAGGUAAAAAAUAAAAUAAAGUUAAAUUAAAAAAAAAAAAAGAAGAACAAGCAAAUUAUAUUUAACAUGCAUAAUUGUACUAUUACGUAUAAAACCAAUUAUAAUGUGCGUAGAACAAAAACGUUUAAUAAAAUCCAUGUAGAAUAAAGCGAUAUUUGUAAGCAGAAAAUA